AUGCAGUGUGAUAAUGUGACUGCAUAUCUGAACUUGACUGAUCAACCAGUUACCCAGCCAGGUCCAUCCAUCCACCUCGCUAUCGAUCACUCACUCACUCUUACUCUCCCCACCAUAUAUUCCUACAAUGUCUCUUUCCUAUUGUCAUCUUUCUUUUUCUUUUCUUCUUCCUCUCUUAUGUAUUUUUUUCUCUUCUAUGUCUUUCUUCUUAUACUUCUUGGUUCCUCCUUCUUUUUCUCCUCUCAGUGUUAUUGUUCAUCACUCUCUUCUUCCUUCAUUUUGAUUUUUAUUCUCCUGUCUUUCUUGUUCAUUCACCUUCUUUCUUUCUUUUUUCAUCACUUCUUUUAUAUCUGUCUUUCCAUCACUUCAUCUUUUUUCCUUUACUUUAUUCCUUCCUUUUCUUUUAAUAUUUUUGUUUUCUCUCUUUCACCACUUCUUGACUUUUUCUUCUGUUGCUGCCUCUUGAGUUUUUUUUCUCUUACCUCUCCUUGUCAUUUUUUUUACUUAUGGAUUCUUGCCUCUUUCCUCUCUUACCGCCCCUUGCCUCUUUUCUUCUCUUACCGCCCCUUGCCUCUUUUCUUCUCUUACCGCCCCUUUUUUGCCUCUUUUUCUUCUCUUACCGCCCUUGCCUCUUUUCUUCUCUUACCCCUUUGCCUCUUUUCUCCUCUUCUUUUUUCUCCUCUUACCGCCCUUUUCCUCUUUUCUUCUCUCUUACCGCUUGCCUCUUUUCUCCUCUUACCGCCCCCUUGCCUCUUUUCUCCUCUUACUUACCCCUUUGCCUCUUUUCUUCUCUUACCACCCCUCGCCUCUUUUCUUCUCUUACCGCCCCUUGCCUCAUUUCUUCUCUUACCGCCCCUUGCCUCUUUUCUUCUCUUACCACCCCUUGCCUCUUUUCUCCUCUUACCACCCCUUGCCUCUUUUCUCCUCUUACCACCCCUUGCCUCUUUUCUCCUCUUACCACCCCUUGCCUCUUUUCUCUUACCACCACCCCUUGCCUCUUUUCUUUUAUUACCACCCCUUGCCUCUUUUCUUCUCUUACCACCCCUUGCCUCUUUUCUUCUGUUGUCUUACUACAUUUUGUCAUUCUCUUACUGCUUUUUGCUUUUUUCUUCUCUUACCAUUUGUUCUUUUCCUUUUGUCUUUCUUUUUUUUUCUCUUCCCACACCUCCACAUCCUUGUCCUCCUUCCCUCUUCUUUAUCCUUCAAGCACCAUAA